AUGAGAAGCACUUGGCUCCAUCAACAACGAAUUCUCGCAAGAGUGUCAGAAGUCACCUCCUUCUUAUCAGAGCCGAGCUUGCGGCCUUCACCUUUCUACAAACAAACAGAUUACCUUGGCUCAAGUUGCUCCCAUCACUUCAGUCGGCUGGCGGCUAACUUCGGUGGACCCCAACUUAUCAUACAACACUUGUCAUUUUACACGCGAAACAAAGAGGUAACUACAUCCCACUGUACUUUAACUAUCACACAAAAGCUGACAAAUAGGUGUCCUAGGCGCAGAACCACCCCGAUUAUAACAUAA